AUCUAAGCGUGAUUUGCAGUGUCGUUUCCGCGUCCGAUGGCCGCAAACCCGAAGGUCAGGUUUACUCAGCUCUUCAUCAACAAUGAAUUUGUGAACAGUGUUUCUGGGAAAACGUUUCCCACUAUCAAUCCAGCUACUGAAGAGGUCAUUUGUCAUGUUCAAGAAGGCGAUGUCGAAGAUGUCAAAAAAGCAGUUGCUGCAGCGAAGUCUGCCUUCCGGCGCGAUACUCCUUGGCGCACCCUGGAUGCCUCCAAACGUGGUCUUUUGCUGUGUAAAUUGGCUUCAUUGAUAGAGAGAGAUGCAGAGUACAUAGCUAAGUUGGAGGCUCUCGAUAAUGGGAAAGCUGUCUCAUCAGCACUUGGUGAUACACAGUUUGCAGUAGAUGUUUUGCGUUACUUCGCCGGAUAUGCUGACAAAAUCCACGGAAAAACCCUGCCUGUUGAUGGAAAUAUGAUUUCCUUCACAAGACGAGAACCCGCAGGGGUUGUUGCGGGUAUUGUGCCCUGGAACUAUCCGUUCUUCCUGGCGGUUUUGAAACUUGCACCGGCAUUGGCGGCUGGCUGCACGAUCGUCUUGAAACCAGCUGAACAAACACCACUGUCGGGCAUCUUUCUUGGAAGCCUGGUUCGUGAGGCUGGUG